AUGGUGACUAAGCUCCUUGUCUUCUCUGCACUGUUGUCGCUCGCCUUCGCGAAGUCUACGGCUCGCAGCACGAAGGUCCACGAGGCCAUAUCCGCACCGCCUCCUGGUUACGUCAGCAACGGACCUGCUCCCGCGGAUACAGAGCUCAACCUGCGCAUUGCGCUCGCGCACAGUGACCCGGAUGGGCUCAUUGAUGCGCUAUACGCUGUUAGCUCGCCGGAUGGCCCAUCCUAUGGCCAGCACCUCAGUAAGGAAGAGGUCGAACAGUUUGUCACGCCGACUGCACAGACCUCCGAUGCCGUCAAGACCUGGCUCGCUCAGGCUGGCGUGAAUGCGACCCCCAUCUCGUCUGCCGGCGACUGGCUCGCCAUCACCGUCCCUGUCAGCCUGGCGAAUGAGCUGUUCAACGCCGACUUCAACCACUUUACUCACUCCGAGACCGGUAAUAAAAUAACCCGUACCUUGCAGUACUCGGUUCCCACAGGACUUAAGGAGCACAUCGACCUCAUGCACCCUUCGGUCACGUUCUCAAACCUGAUCCACAUUCGUCCCGCCUUUUCGACAAGGUCUGGCCUCGAGCGCCGUGCGACUGAGGAAAUGAAGUCUUGCUCAACAGAUGGGAUCACACCCGCCUGUAUCGAAUUCCUGUACGGCAUACCCACCGCUAGGGCUACCCAAAGUUCCAACUACCUCGCUGUCAGUGGCUUCAACGAGCAAUUCGCCAACAAGGUCGAUCUUGCAACUUUCCUAGAUAAAUUCCAACCCGAUCUCAGUGGAAUGACCUUCACUCUUCAGACCAUUGAUGGCGGCAGCAACUCGCAGAAUGGAAGCGAGGCCGGCAUUGAGGCGAAUCUCGAUAUCCAGUACGCUACCAGCAUCAGCCAAGGCGCGCCAGUCACAUUUAUCUCUGUUGGCGAAGAUAAUCACGACGGCUUCGAACUUGGCGGCUUCCUGGAUAUCAUACUCUUCCUCCUCGGCGAAUCCAACCCACCGCAGGUCCUGACAACCAGCUACGGCGAGAACGAGAACGAGAUCUCUCCCUUGCUUGCUGCCAAACUUUGUAAUGCUUACGCUCAACUCGGCGCCCGCGGCGCCUCCAUCAUCUUUGCCUCCGGUGACGGUGGUGUCUCCGGUGCGCAGUCACAUAAUUGCUCCAAAUUCGUCCCCACCUUCCCCUCCGGGUGCCCCUUCAUGACCUCCGUUGGCGCCACCCAGCUAACCUCAUCGUCUGGCGGAGAGACCGCCGCGUCGUUCUCCGCCGGCGGCUUCUCCAACGACUUCGUCACGCCGUCAUACCAAGCCCAUGCCGUCGAGUCCUACCUCUCCUCUAUUGGCUCGACGAACAGCGGCAAGUUCAACACCUCGGGGCGCGGGUACCCGGAUGUCGCGGCGAUCGGGGUGAACGUUACCAUCGUCGUUAACGGCACGAGUGGGACAGUGGCCGGCACGAGCUGCGCGAGCCCUAUCUUCGCGGGUAUGAUCACGCUCAUCAAUGACGCGCUCAUCGCCGCCAACAAGAGCACCCUCGGCUUCCUUAACCCAUUCCUGUACGCGAAUCCUGAUGCGUUCAAUGACAUUACGACUGGUAGCAAUCCAGGGUGCAACGCGAGCGGCUUCCCAGCUCUGGAAGGCUGGGACCCUGUCACUGGCCUGGGUAGCCCGAACUUUGUGGCACUGAAAGCGGCGGCACUGAAGGCGGCUGGGGUUUCGUACACCUACCCAGUCCAGAUGGCGGAUAUAAUGCAGGACGUACUCUCUUUGUAGAUUUUUCUAUAUGUGUUUUCAACUGCUCCAAGAACGAUAGGCCCGUGACGACUUUU